AUGAUUCUAAUAAUUAUCAAAAACAAUUUAAUAAAUAUUUUCAUUUUUCUUGUUUUUUCGUGGAGUUUCACGAAAUGUUCAUCUAAUAAUAAAAAACCAGCAAUCAAAAAAUCAAAUAGGGUGAGUCGUUUUAUUUAGGAAUUGUUUUUAUUGAUCUUUUAAUUUCAGUUGAGCAGUGAAGCAUCACCUUCACCUACAAUAGUAAGCCCAAGCCCAGUUCAAAAAGUUGAGGAGAAAAAUAAUAAAACGGAGAAAAAGAAAUCGAAGGAAAAUUGUGAAAAGGUUUGAAUUCAUGAAAAUAUUUCUGAAGGCUUUCCAUUUUUUUCCAGAAACCUGCGAAAGAAGAAAAAGCUGCCGGAGAGCCUGCUGAAAUAACAGACAUCGACAUCGAAAAAAUGCUGCUUGUCAAAAAAAUGAUGGAGGAAUCAGCACCGAAAACCGAUUUGGAAUCUGAUAAGGAAGAUCAGGGAGGAAAAAUUAAAACAAAAGAGGAAGUUGGAGAUGAGAAAAAAUCAACCAGAAAAAAGAAUAAGAGUGAAUUAUCCGCUUAUGCGUUCAAUUAA